AUGAUUGGAAACUUUAUUUUGACCAAAGAUGAGAUCAUUCAUAUACUUGUUGGUCAAGAAGGGAGAAAAGGGAAGAAAAACUUAAAAAGUGCUGGAGGUGGUGGAGGUACAUUUGUUGUGAGACGAAACAACACGCCUUUAAUCAUAGCUGGAGGUGGAGGGGGAAUCAAAAAUAUGUCAGAACAACAUUCGGCAUGUGAUGCGUCCAUAAACACCACAGGGAAUGCAGGGAACAACUCGCCACUGGGGUCAGCUGGAAUAGAAGGACAAGGAGGACUUACUAAUGGUGUGAAUUCUGGUUGGUGGAGAAUUUCCUUUUUAUAAAUACUGAGAAAUUUGUUGCAUUCUAUUGCCAUCCUUCACUAUCUCCAACCCAAUGAUAGAGUAAGUCGCUGAUAAUCAGAUUUUGAAGGAUUUAUAAAAACAGUUAUUAUUAAAUUUUUUCAAUACCAAUUUUGAAGAUUUUUUUAUAUAAUUCUUUUGAAGCGCCUUAUACAAGACUUAGGAUUUUGUUAAAUUUUGCUCUUUUCUUUUCAAAUCUCCUGCAUAUUUAGUGAAUUAUCGAAUGAAUUAUGGAUCCGCAAAUAUAACGCAGGAGAUGACACCGAAAAACUUGACAAGGCUUCUCAUUCGUUAACUGCAGAUCUGGAUUAAACAGAAGAACUAAAUAAAUAAAGAGUCAAUUGCAGCAUUUUUUCGCUGACUUUUCCUCGCGAGCUUUUUUGUUACUAACAAUCUCCACUAAUUAAACUUUAAAAAUAAAGAACUAAACUAAGUUUCGGAACACCGCGGAUCGUCGUUUGAUCGCGAGAAAUUAAAUUUAUGGGUGCUAUUUGUAAGAGAAUCACCGAUCACUUUUUGAUUGUAUUGCAGGUGGUGGUGGUGGCGGCUUCCAUAGUAAUGGACAUAACGCAACGAGCUCUAUUAAAGGAGGGGGAAAAGGAGGUUCAGGAUAUCUUCAGGGGGGAGAGGGUGGUAAGUUUUAUGGUGGGUUCGGAGGUGGCGGUGGUUUACUUAUAUUCCACAAAGGACUCGGCGGUGGUGGUGGUUACACUGGGGGAAGUGGCGGGAUUAAUGAGGAUAUUUCCUGUGGAGGAGGGGGAGGAUCUUUUAACAAUGGAACAAAUCAACAAAAUGAAUGUUGCAAUAAUAGCGCUGGUCAUGGUUGGGUAAAUAUUACAUUUCUCCAAUGA